CAUUACAGAAUCCGUUGUCAUGGAGUCUGCGAUCAUACUCUACAGGUGCUCGUUCGCUCUAAUAGUAUCGCCGCCGACUCGUUAACCGUUGUCGUUCAGCCAGCGGACCGCCGCCGACAUCAUCAUCACAAAUUCACGACACACAUAGAGUAUCUCGCGAUGUCACCGACAAACGCUUCUGUGGGCGAUGAUGAUCAGAAAAAGCACACGGAUGACUGGUGGGAAUGCUUAGAGCCUUGUGCAUUACCAAAGCAUAUUCAAGAAGUGGCUUUGAUUCAGUUACGGGAAAAUGAAAGUGCUCGUAAUCAAGCUAUUUCUGCGUUUCGACAGUGGAUAUUAAAAAAUGCGGAUAUUCAAAACGUAAAUACCGAUGAAAACUUUUUGUUACGAUUCUUGCGUACUAAGAAAUUUAGUUUACCGAUGGCUCAACAAAUGCUGCUUAAAUAUUUGAAUCUUCGACAAAGAUUCUCAAUGUACUUCAUGGGCCUAGACUGUUUAAUUCCAUCAAUCAACGAACUUAUUGACUCCGGAUACUUGUUUGUAUCGCCUUUUAGGGAUAACCAUGGUCGGCGAGUUAUUAUUGGUACUGCUAGAGGCUUUGAUCUUCGAAAAUAUAGCAAUAAAGACUUGGGUGUUGUGCAUAUAUUGACCUAUGAGACAUUACUAAACGAUGAAGUCAAUCAGGUCAUGGGAUUCACCCACUUCGGUGAUUUAUACUCCAUUACUCCAGCGUAUAUAACUCUGUUCGCUCCUAAUGAAUUCGCCACUCUCAUCAAGUGGGGAGAGCAAUCAAUUCCUAUGAGACAUAAAGCAAUACACUUGUUGAACGUGCCGUCACCGAUCAAGUUUGCUUAUGAUUAUUUCCAAUCAAGAAUAAGCCCAAAACUCAGUGCACGAAUGAAGAUGUACAAUUCACUUUCCGAGUUACACGAGACACUUGAUAAAAAAGUUUUACCCAAAGAGUAUGGUGGUGAAAUGCCAAUGGCCGAAAUGAUCAGCUUGUGGAAAAAAGAAUUACUGGCAAAUAGAGAAAAAUUAAUAGCGUUAGACAAUAUGCGAUUAUUAUCAGAUAAAAGCAUUAUAACAAGAAAAUCGAAAGCUGAUAUUAAUCAUAAUUUGAUCGCUGGAUUCAAUCAGCUAAAUGGCAGUUUUCGAAAACUGGAAGUAGACUAACUAUUAAUUAUUGUUAGUAAUUAUUAUGCUAAUUACAUAUAUUAUUGUAAAUAAGUGAUACAUCAGUAAUUCGUAUCUUGUGAAAAACUUAAAAAUGUUGGUUUUUUUUCAUUUUGUAAAUUCUUCAUUAUUAUAAUAUAAGUUUUAUUUUUAAAUAAGUACCCUCAUAGAUUUAUAUUCAUCUUAUAUAAUAAUUAUCGUUACCAUAUUUUUAUUUAUACAAUAUUUUUGCAAUAUUUUUUAAUUCACUUUUAUAGUAGAUAAUUAUUUUAGUUAUGUACAUUCAAAUUAAUAUUUGUUUGAAUUAGCAUAGUACCUACAUGAUAUAAUAAUAUUUUAGUUGCAAAAACUAAAAUAUCUGAUUAAAUAUUUAUCAUAAUACUGCAGUAAAACUUUUGUAAACAUA